AAUAUUUUCGGUGCAGAGAUUCGCCGUUGAGUUGAGCGACGGGUAGGGUGACCUGGUCUAGUAUCUCAACUCUCCAUUUCUCUCUCUUCUCUCUCUCUCUCCUUCUUUAUUGAUAAACGCUACUCUUUCCUCGGAGAAAUCUCGGGUGAAGCUUCUUUAUUUAAGGGUUUGAAGUUGCUAUUUCCAUGGAGGGCACUGGAGGGAAUGGCGAUUCUGCGACAGUGUCUAUGAAUAAAUGGAAGCGUGAUGUAUCCAUGGUAUUUCAGUUUUAUUUGGAUAAAACAACUCCUCAUUCUGUCUAUAGGUGGAUCGGAACCUUUGUUUUGGGAAUCAUCUAUGCUCUUCGUGUUUUCUAUUUACAAGGUUUCUAUGUCGUCACCUAUGGUCUUGGGAUCUAUAUGUUGAAUUUGUUGAUUGGUUUUCUGUCACCUCUUGUUGAUCCCGAUCUAGAGCCUUCUGAAGGCCCUAAGUUACCCACCAAAGGAUCUGAUGAAUUCAAACCUUUCAUUCGGCGCUUGCCUGAGUUUAAGUUCUGGUAUGCUAUUACAAAGGCAUUCUGUGUAGCCUUUUGCAUGACCUUAUUUUCCAUGUUUGACGUUCCGGUUUUUUGGCCUAUACUGCUUUGCUACUGGUUCGUUCUAUUCGUGCUCACAAUGAAGCGACAAAUCAUGCAUAUGAUCAAGCACAGAUAUAUCCCAUUGAACAUUGGGAAGCAGAAAUAUACCGGAAAGAAGUCUUACGCCAGCACCAGUGGCUCUCGAGGAGACUGAUGGUUUUUACUCAUCGCCAGGGAAAGUGUUGGCAAUCUCAAUCGAUUAUAGAAGAAGCAAAAAGACAUUUGGGAUAAUACACUUCUUCAUUGGUCAUAGAAAGUUGUAGUAUGUAUUUGUUGAUUCUCAAGUAUUGUAAUAGGAUUCAUUCAAACUGUCCCUUUCUU